AGAGAGAGAGAAGGCCACCAUGGAUUUGGGUAGUGAGGUGGAGAAGAAGAUCAAAUUUGACCCUAAAAUGGAAAGGCCACAAGAAUAUGCUUUACACUGCGACUGGGUUUCCUUCAAGACCUUCUUCCACAACGAACCCAAAGCCCUCAUCCAGACAUUCGAUCUCGCCGGAAACACCGCCAUCCAGGUGGCCACCCGGUCCGACGACCCCGACCUCAUCCGGCAACUCCUCGACAUGCUUCCGGACGACAACGAUCGCCGUCAAGCACUGAGGACGGGGAAUGCUCACAAGAACACACUUCUCCAUCAGGUCAUUUUCUGCGACAAUCUAGAGAUGGUCGACACGGUGCUCAACUACGAGACGGACAAGAGGCUGAAGAAGAUUGAUGAUGAUGAAGAUGAUCUGUUGGAGCUGCUGAACGACCUCAGCGAAACGCCGGUGUACCGGGCCGCCAAGUACGGACGGCUGAGGAUGUUGAAGCACAUGGCCAGAUUAGUAGACGAUAUCAAGAAGCAUUUUCACAGACGACAGCCAAAGCUGGACAUCACUUCCAUUCUUCACAUCGCUAUAAUUGGCCAACAUUUUGAUGUGGCACUGUGGUUAUCGAAGAAGGAAGGGAUAGAGAAAGUAGCGUUCGAGAACGAUGGGAACAGAUUGACGUGUCUUCAAUUGCUUUCCAGAAUGCCUUCUGUUUUCCGGAGCUAUAAUUCCCAGUCUGGUUUCAUCGACAAUCUCAUUUAUACUCUUCUUCCAGACAAAGGUUAUGAUGAUGAUGAUGAAGAUGAUGGAUCUGUGAGAGGGAAGGGAGAUUUAGAAACUGGAAAGAAAAACCUCAAGAAACACAUCUCAUCCUCACCUUCUGUUUUCUCAAGGAUUUACUACACUCUCUGGAAAAUUGCCGCCAAAGAAUGGGAUACAGUGAAAGAAAUCUGGGAGAGAAAGAAGAAGCACAUGCUAGCAGCGUUACUAGCAGACUUCUUAGUAAGCCGAGACAACUCAUGGAUGGACACCAAACACGGAGAACCUCGAACCGAGGUUGUCCUGCCGGUGAUUCAACCGUCCAACAUCGCCGCCACGAAGAAAGCCAAGCUCGAAAAGACACAUUCGCUGGAGGGACCCAUUCCCUGCAAGGAGUACACGCCAUUGCUGCUGGCAGCCAGCACCGGCAUUGUCGAGAUAGUGAAGAAAAUCAUCGAUCUUCAUCCUGACGCCAUCUCUCACGUCAGCCAGCACGACGAGCAGAACGUGCUUCACGUCGCCGUCAAGCACCGUCAGAAACAGAUCUAUAAGCUGCUCAAGAAAUAUGGAACUCUCAGACGGUUGGGAUGUCAGAUGGCGAAUCAAGGUCGGACUCUGUUGCACCAGGUUGCGAGGAUGGAUUAUUAUGAUGGAGGCAAUCAACCUGGUGUUGUGUUUCAACUUCAGGACGAGUUACGUUGGUUCGAGAGAGUCAAGAGGAUAGUGCCUUGUCCUCACCAGUUGUAUUGCAACGACCAUAACUUAACCGCAAGAGAACUUUUUGAUUUAGAGCAUUUGGAAAUGCUCAAGGAAGCCCAAGAAUGGAUCAAGGGGACAGCUCAGUCCUGCUCCGCCGUGUCGGUCCUUGUCGCCACCGUGGUCUUCGCCGCGGCCUACACCGUCCCAGGCGGCACCGACGACAACGGCGUCCCUGUCCUCCUCGACUCUCCGCUCUUCCUCUUCUUCACCAUCAUGGACGUCGUAGGGCUCGCAAGCUCUCUAAUCUCAGUGAUGAUGUUCCUCUCAAUCCUUACGUCGCCGUUUCAGAUGCAAGAGUUCUAUAAAUCUCUGCCCAGAAAACUCACAAUGGGCUUCACGUUGUUGUUCAUAUCGUUGACCACCACGUUGCUGGCUUUUGGGUCAACCAUUUUGCUGACGAUUAGGAUGGAGAACAAGAGAUGGAGUUCAAGUUUGAUUUACAGUGCCACGUUCUUCCCUGUGACUCUUUUUGGGUUGACUCAAUUUCCGAUCAUCAUGGCCGUCAAGUAUAGAAUGAAGAGACUAAAGAAGACUAUAAAGAAGGUGAUUCCGAAUGAUGUCAUUACCACCAUAUCCACCAAACCCAAGAAGAAAAGAGUUUAUUCAAAAUACGUAUGAGCAUCGGUCAAACGCUUAAAUCUGAUGUCUGAUGCAAGAACAUGGCGUGUUCAAAGGAGAGAGAUUGGAGAACUGAUCAACCUUUGUGUUUAUCUCUGUCCUUGCAAACAUCGUACCAACAGUAUGGUCUGAAGCAUUAAUUAAAUGUUUAAGUUAUUGCAUGUUCCUAUAAUUUCCAUAUCCUAAUUUAAUUUGGAGGCGUGCUGUGUUUCUUCGGAUUAGAGUAAUUGGUGUAAUGUAUGCAACUUCUUGUAUAAAAUCUACUGUAUGAAUGUAUGCAUGUUUGUUUGUUUAUAUAUAUAGCUUGUGCAUCUAUGGUAUCAUUUGCACGUUGUUUGAUGAUUA